GUUUACUCAUAAAGAUCAUUAAGGGCUAUCGUUCCUGGACAAAUUCAAAGAGAUAGUAGCUAUCUCCUGUAAUUGCUAUUUAUGCAACAAGCGUGUUCCAAGUACCGCUAACUGGUAAAAGGAAGGCAUAAAAUAAUUAUUUCCCCCUUUUUUCUUUCUUCUCUAUCAUUCCAGUUAUUAUGCUGCAAGAAAUGGCUAAGUGUGAUGAAGAUCGUAUAGAAUUAUCUGAUUCUGAAGAGACCCUCUUUACUGCUCCCAGCUCACCUACUCUCAGUGCUAGUUUGCCUUCAGCUUACGACCCUGUAAUACUUAAUGCACUAUGGAAGUUCUUAAAGCAAGUCCAUGAGACUGGUUUAUUUAAUGAGGGUCAUAGCGUGAGCGGAUCAGUGAUUGAGAGUAAUGUUGCUGAGAGUGAUACCCCUGCUGUUGUCGAUAGGGAAGUAGUGGUCAUAUCUUCAGAUGAUGAUAAUGAUGAUGAAAGCUUUAUACAUCUUCCUUCACUCACUCAAGAUAAUCUUGAUCGCUUUACUGCGCUCCAUGAGGCGGUCUAUGGGCAAAAUGGAAAUCGUUUUUUAAAUUGUCCCAUAAAAAGCAAUGUAUCAUUUGAGAGCUACAUCGCUGAUUCUUAUGGAUAUGACAGUUUAAAAAUUGAUCCCAAUAAGGUAUAUGAGCCUUAUACGCCCGAAUGGUAUACUAUCAAAAGACGCAUGUUUUUUGAUAGCCUUGGUGUGGUAAGUGUAUUAGAUACUCUUAUAGCUUGCUUACUAUUGUUCAAACAGGAGCGAAGAUGUAGAUGUAUUGAGUGUCAUUCAACUGAGGACGGCAUUGAAAUGAAUUCCAAAUCUCAUGCCGUAGCUAUCAGAAGAAAGAAACAUCCCCUAUGCAAAUUUUGCACAAGGUAACUGUUGCUCAUGAUAUCGUAUUACUAAAGCCU